AUGUCUUGGCUUGCGGGGUAUGGCAAUAGCAAUGAAGACGAUUACGAUAACCUGGGCGUGGAUUGGGUAUUACAAUAUGAGUUUGGAGACAUUGACCAAGCGCAAGCUAUUACAGAAUUUCGAACGCUUAUCAACGACCUGAACGAGGCUGGUCUUCGGGUUCAGGUUCGUCAUGGCCAUGGUCAAGCGCUUUUAGUUUGCAUCCGGGUUCCGCGGGAUCAUUUAGGGAAUUUAGUGCAUCAAUCAAGAAUCAAAGAUUGGCUGUUUGGAAUUACCCAUACCCUACCGGACGGCGACGAAACAGCCAUUGCCGACGCCGAUACACCAUCCGAAGAGAUCCGUUCCGUAUACCAUGCCGUCACCUGGCAGAAGAAAAUAGGAGGCGCAGGCAUCACACCAGGCUUUGGGAAAUGGGAAAACGUUACUGCCUCAUUUCCGUUACACGACCAGGAGGCCUGUGCGGAAAUGCUACGUCAAUGGAAUCGCAAAACUGUGUUGACAACCAGCGACCUGGAUGCGAUUCGAGCCUUAUUUGGUGAAAAGGUCGCCUUCUACUAUGCUUUUAUUCAUUGCUAUUCGCUAUUCCUCGUAGUGCCUGCAGGAUUGGGAAUUCUUGGAUGGCUAUAUCUAGGUCCAUAUUCCAUUGUAUAUGGAACCGUACUUUGCGCCUGGUGCAUUGUGUUCGUCGAGUACUGGAAAGUUCGAGAGGCCGAUUUAAGCCAGAGAUGGGAUGUCAAAGGUGUUGGAAGACUAAAGGUGAAUCGCAAACAGUAUGUGUGGGAGAAAGAGGUCAAGGACCCAAUCAGUGGUCAGGUGAAACAUGUCUUCCCAGGUUGGAAGCAAUUCACACGCCAGUUGCUUUUGGUCCCGUUUGCUUCUGUUGCGAGCGUGGCCCUCGGAGCCUUGAUCGUUGCUUCCUUCGCAUCGGAGGUGUUCAUAUCCGAGGUAUACGACGGUCCAUUCAAGGGGUAUCUGGAAUUCGUACCGACUGUUCUGUUUUCGUUAUCCUUGCCCGCCAUCACCUCGUUUCUCACCAGCAUCGCGACCCGCUUAACUGAGUACGAGAACUACCGAACGCAAGAUCAAUACGACCUUGCCCAGACUCAAAAGAGUUUCGUCAUGAAUUUUAUCACCUCUUUCCUCCCCACGAUAUUGACCGCUUAUGUCUAUGUUCCUUUCGGCAAACAAAUCAUCCCCCGGCUCGAUAUCCUUCGAAGAACGGGCUUCAUGGCGGACUUGGUCAGCGGACAGAAGGAAUUCGAGGUUGAUACAAGCCGAUUCCAGCAGGAAGUGAUUUAUCUCUCCAUGACAGCUCAGGUAUUUAGCUUUGGCGAGGAGGUCGUUCUACCAUAUAUAAAGCAUGUCUUGAGACAGAAGUGGCAAAACUAUCAGCAUCGCAAGGCGGAAUACAGCCGAAAGCGGAAGUUUUCCACAGCAACCGACUUAUUCUUGGUGGACCCACCCGACGAAGCUGCAUUUAUGACAAGGUUGCGCAGCGAGGCCGGCGCAGAGGAAUACCAUGUGGAAGAGGACAUCAUGGAGAUGUGUGUACAGUUUGGCUAUCUCGCAUUAUUUGGAGUUGCUUGGCCACUAGUGCCGCUUGGGUUUCUGCUGAACAACUGGUUGGAGCUGCGAGGUGACUUCUUCAAGCUCACACUGGAGUGCCAACGACCGCCGCCAAUCCGAUCCGACUCAAUCGGCCCAUGUCUACUGGGGCUGGAUUUCUUGGCUUGGCUGGGGACGCUAUCUACAGCAGCCAUUGUGCAUGUCUACCGGGGCCCUAUUUCCGAGGUACGACUCUCCUCGCUGUUGUUGACGUUGUUUGUGGCAGAGCAGGUCUACCUGGGAAUGCGGUUCACUGCUUCUACAGCCCUUGAGAAGAUCUUUUCGGACACAAUCCGAAAAGAAGAGGCUAGUCGGUAUGCGGUACGUAAAAAUUAUCUUGCGGCCAGUCUGGCGAGAAACUCUUCCCCCAGCUCCGGCUCUCAGGGCUCCCAGGGCUCGCCCAACGGCCGGACCCGUCAUCGGGUGCGUUUCAACGAGCGGGUCAAUGUAUACAGCUCGAAUGAAAAAGGCCCAUCGAGUGAUGAUACCCCAUCUCCGACCAAAGAGGAGCCGGGGAAUGAUGUGGAUGUGCUUCGCGGGUCCGACCGUGAGGCCCAGUUCUGGAGCGCGCGUUCAGGGGACAUGGCAGACGCAGGCGUCAAGCUAAUUCGCGCGUUAAGCACAUCCAAAGGGAAUGGGCCUAAACCUUCUAAAGAGGCAUAG